AUGAUUGACUUUCCAUAUUUUAAUGCCAUUCAUCUCCUGGCUGGGAGAAUUCUUUCCCAAUAUGAGUUCUCUCAUUUCUUUCAAAUUGUAUCUCAUUUUUUUUUACUUUGUCUAACAAAUUUAUUCAUUUAUCUCUCUCUUUUUUCACUAUGUUUACAUUUUCAUUUUUUCAUUCUUCUUUUCUUUUUCUUUCCUUUUUUUUUUAUCUCUAGUUUUUCUCUUUCAUUUUCUCUCUUUAUUUUCUUUCUUUUUUCUUUCCUUUUUUUUCUUAGUUUUUUUCCUUUUCAUUUUUUUCUCUCUUUAUUCUUCUUUGUCAUUUUAAUUCUUUUCUCACUCCUCUUUUUCUUCAUUCUUAGAGAGUUUUUUCCUCUUCAUUUUUUCUUUUUAUUCUUCUUUCUUUUUCUUUCCUUUUUUUUAUCUCUCUGUCAUUUUAAUUCUUUCUCACUCACUCUUUUUUCUUCAUUCUUAGAGAGUUUUUUCCUCUCUUCAUUUUUCUCUCUUUAUUCUUCUUUCUUUUUCUUUCCUUUUUUUUAUCUCUCUAGAGUUUUUUCCUCUCUUCAUUUUUUCUUCUUUUCUUUUUUCAUCUUCUCUUUUAAUUUUUUCAUUUUUUUUUCUUUUCUUAGAGAGUUUUUCCUAUUUUUCUUUAUUCUUCUUCUUUUUUUUUUUCCUUUUUUUAUCUUUAUUUUAAUUUUUCAAAGAGUUUUUUUCCUCUCCAUUUUUCUCUUUUUAUUCUUCUUUCUUUUUUCUUUUCCUUUUUUUAUUCUCUUUUUUUCUCUUCAUUUUUUCUCUUUAUUCUUUUAUUUUUUUUCUCUUUUUUUUUAUCUCUCUGUCAUUUUAAUUCUUUCUCUCUUCAUUCUUAGAGAGUUUUUUCUCAUUUUUCUCUUUAUUCUUCUUUUCUUUUUCUUUCUUUUUUUUAUCUCUCUGUCUUUUAAUUCUUUCAAUUUCUCUUCAUUCUUAGAGAGUUUUUUCCUCUUUCAUUUUUCUUUUCUCUCUUUCAUUUUGCUUUCCUAUGUCUCAUCUGAUGACUCUUCUCUCUCUCUAUCUCUAUCUCUCUCUUUGACUUCUCUCUUUCAGAGUUUCACUCUGAGUCUCUCUCUCUCUCUCUCUUUCUCUCUCUCUCUCUCUUUCUCUCUCUCUCUCUCUCUCUCUGAGAUUCUCUUUCUCUCUGACUCUAUAACCUUUCUUUCUAAUCUACUCUCUCUGGUGCUCUCUCUCUCUCUCUCUCUAAUUAUUCUCACUCUCCUUGUUCUCACUUACACUCUCUCUCUUUCUCAUCAUUCUCGCCCUGUGGCUCAAAAUCUCUUAAUACAUCGAAAAUUAGCAUUUCUUCUUAAUUUUCUCUCUCUGAUUUUCUAUCCCUCUCUCAUUUCAUCUCUCUCUGAUUCUCUGUCUUUCAAUGAUUCCAUCUCUUCGGUCCUUUAUUUAUUUAUCUAUCUAUCUAUCUAUCUAUCUAUCUAUCUAUCUAUCUAUCUUAGUGAGUUCUUAUUUAUGUAUCUAUCGAUCUCUGUUCAUAUCUAUGUAUCUAUUUUACUGUUCCUAUCUAUCUAUCUAUCUAUCUAUCUAUCUAUCUAUCUAUUUCAGUCAUUUGUCCAUAUCUAUGUAUCCAUUUCACUCUGUUCCUAUCUAUCUAUCUAUCUAUCUAUCUAUCUAUCUAUCUAUCUAUCUAUCUAUCUCGGUGAGUUCUUAUUUAUGUAUCUAUCGAUCUCUGUUCAUAUCUAUCUAUCUAUCUAUCUAUCUAUCUAUCUAUCUAUCUCAGUGAGUUCUUAUUUAUGUAUCUAUCGAUCUCUGUUCAUAUCUAUCUAUCUAUUUUACUGUUCCUAUCUAUCUAUCUAUCUAUCUAUCUAUCUAUCUAUCUAUCUAUUUCAGUCAAUUCUUAUAUAUCGAUCUCAUUCUGUUCAUAUCUAUCUCAGUUUGUCCAUAUCUAUGUAUCUAUUUCACUCUGUUCCUAUCUAUCUAUCUAUCUAUCUAAUCUAUCUAUCUUAUUCUUAUCUAUCUAUCUAUCGAUCUCAUUCUGUUCAUAUCUAUCUCAGUUUGUUGAUAUCUAUCUAUGUAUCUAUUUCACUCUGUUCCUAUCUAUCUCUCUCAAUCAGUUCUUAUUUAUCAGGUAUUGAUCAUAAUCCCAAAUCUUAA